UGAUUUGACUUUCUAAAGAAGAAGACAAAAGCAUUAUGUAGUUAUAGAAGCGAUAUACAUACAAUGCAACAUGUACGUCGACUAAAUACAAGGACAGUAAAAAAAAUUCUCCUCAAAAAAAUAAUAUCGUCAAGAGGAAAUAUUGAGUAAUAAUAAUUUAAUAAAAAUAAUGUUUACAUCCCAAUGAUGCUGAUAACGUCGAUCAAGAUGAUAGUUGAUACGAAGGUGCGAAACAACGCAAAAAUAUCAGUUAGUAGUUGGUUGGUUUUCUCAACGGUUUCAGAAGCUACAAGCGACUAUAAUAUAUAGUCGAAAGGGUAUUAUUAAGGUUCAAAUACGAAAUGUUAACAGGAUGGCGACUUGCUCUAUCGAAAUUAUUUAUAAUACCGCAACGAUAUGUGUUCGCAAUAAUGGCCUUGCUAGCCGUAGCAAAUGCGUACACAAUGCGUGUUUGCUUAAAUUUGGCGAUCACGCAAAUGGUGAAAAAGACCGUUGCCGUCGAAGGUGAUGCAAAUUUCGACCCUAAUGCUUGCCCAGACUUAUCAUCGGUUAAAAACGUAACGACAUUAGCGGAUUAUAUUACUACGGUUCGCAGUGAUUCUGAUCUCUUUGAGUGGAGUGAAGCUACCCAAGGUCUUAUACUCAGUUCGUUUUACUAUGGUUACGUGCUCACCCACAUACCUGGUGGUAUGUUGGCUGAACGUUAUGGUGGUAAAUGGGUAUUGGGAACGGGAUUGCUAUCUACGGCUAUUUGUACGUUCAUCACUCCCAUCGCUGUAAAAAGUGGAGGAGCUACUGCUUUGUUUAUACUUCGUGUAGUCGAAGGAUUUGGUGAAGGUCCAACUAUGCCUGCAUUGAUGGCAAUGAUAUCAAAAUGGGCACCAAAGGCUGAAAGGGCUCGUUUUGGAGCUAUUGUUUUUGGAGGUGCUCAAAUUGGUAAUAUAGCAGGAUCGUACUUCUCAGGCCUCAUCAUGUACGAUGGAUCUUGGGAAAAUGUCUUUUAUAUGUUUGGUGGCAUCGGUCUCGGAUGGUUCGUGAUAUGGUGUUUCAUUUGCUACAGUACUCCAAAUACGCAUCCUUUUAUAUCCGAUAAAGAGAAGAAAUUUCUAAAUGAAAAUGUUCAAGCCUUAAUUCACAGUGAAAAACAAAUAUUAGAUCCGGUGCCAUGGAAAGCCUUGCUCAGAUCUAUUCCUCUCUGGUCUCUUAUUAUUGCCGGUAUUGGCCACGAUUGGGGCUACUUCACAAUGGUCACAGAUUUACCUAAGUAUAUGACAGAUGUUUUGAAAUUCAAUAUCAAAUCUGCUGGAUUACUCUCCGCUUUGCCUUACGUUGCAAUGUGGAUUGCCUCAUUCUUCUUUGGACUGAUCUGCGAUUUCUGCAUCAAGAAAAAUAUUCAUAGCAUAAAAAAUGCCAGAAAAAUUUAUACAACUAUUGCGGCCACCGGUCCAGGUAUAUGUAUAAUCCUCGCCUCGUAUUCUGGUUGUGAUACAACUCUCGCAGUAUUUUGGUUCAUCGCCGCCAUGACACUAAUGGGUGCUUACUACAGUGGAAUGAAAAUAAACGCUCUUGAUAUUACCCCUAACUAUGCCGGUACGACUACUGCAAUGGUGAAUGGUAUUGCUGCUAUAUCUGGAAUCAUCACACCGUAUCUAAUUGGGCUACUAACUCCAAACUCCACGCUCAAGGAAUGGAGAAUCGCGUUUUGGGUAUGUCUUGGCGUCUUGGUAAUUACAAACAUCGUAUAUUUAAUUUUCGCCAAAGGUGAGCAACUUUGGUGGGAUGAUGUUAAGAAACAUGGGUACCCGAAGAAUUGGAAACAUGGCCCUCUAUCUCUAAGGAAGAAUGAUUCAGAAAAUGCUCAUACAGAAAAAACCAGUGAUGAAAAGAAAUGACCUCAUUAUAGCUGCUAGUUAAAAUUAAAUUAUUUAUGUUUUUAAUUUAUUAAAAGAAAAAUUUA